AUAAGGUUGUAUGUUACUACUGUGUUGCACAGAAACUAGAGAUCAGGUGUUAAACUCGUUACAGAACUAGGGUUAGUAAUUAGUAAACCAAGUUACCAACCAUGGUCCGUCUUGAAACAGGCGGGAAUACCACCUAAUACAUAACUUUAUGGCGGGAACUGGAACAAGAAGACUGGGGGAAAUCGCAGCACAACACCACCUAUAGUAAGGACGAUCUCAUCUCAUCUGCUUGCUUGCUUAGUAGCCGCUGAAAUGGGAUCGGAAAGUCAGAUUCCGGAAUGGGCUUCAACACCCUGCAUAAUGGGCAUCGACGAAGCCGGUCGCGGCCCUGUUUUAGGUCCCAUGGUUUAUGGAUGCUUGUAUUGUCCGGUUUCCUACAAGAAAACUCUCUCAACUUUGGAAUUUGCUGAUUCCAAGACUUUAAAAGAAGAGAAAAGAGAGGAGUUGUUUGAAAGUUUAAAGGCUGAUGAGACAAUUCGUUGGGCUGUUGAUGUCAUUGAUCCUAGAGUGCUCUCCGCUAAAAUGUUACAAAAAAAUAAGAUUAACCUGAACGAGAUUUCACAUGAAUCUGCCAUGGGCCUUGUUAAGAGGGUGCUGAACAUGGGAUAUCUUCUGACCGAGGUAUAUGUUGAUACGGUAGGAGAUCCUGAAAAAUACAGAAUUAAGCUGACAGAGAGAUUCCCGUCUAUUAAGUUUGUGGUUGCAAAGAAAGCGGAUAGUCUUUAUCCAGUUGUUAGUGGAGCAAGUAUAGUCGCCAAGGUUACAAGGGACCAUGCAUUGCAAAACUGGAACUUUGAUGAAACUGCUGAAAAUAUGCAUAGAAACUUUGGAUCUGGGUAUCCCGGAGAUCCCAGCACUAAAGGUUGGUUAGAACAUCACAAGCACUCGGUAUUUGGUUUCCCAUCAUUGGUUCGCUUCAGUUGGGGUACAUGUGAAUCCUACUUCAAAGGUGGUGUUGAAGUGUUAUGGGAAGCAGACGAAGCAGAUGAUGACGGGUCCUCAAAAAAGACGGUGAAACGACAAACAAAGCUGAGUAAUUUAGGGUUCACUGGGAUGAAGAGGAAGAGUGAAGAUAUCGAAUCAAGUGGUAAAGGUCGAUGCAAGUUCUUUCAAUCACGUAAACUGGAGCAGCUUUCUCAUUUUUAACAACAAAGUUGAUGCACUGUCCCGUUAAGAUUACGUUUACUUUAUUGUGAUUUCCUAUGAUUCAUCUUCAAUACCAAUGCAUGUGGCCUCACAAUAUCAAAGAUUUCAUAUUUGAAAUGUUGUAUGAAUCAUAAAUGAACUGAGCAUAGUUGCUUAUAUGAUUUUCCGGUGACUUUUGACUUUGUUAGAGAUAAAUGUACUCUUUCUUGCGAUUUAUUUAUAAAUAUAUCGGUCUGUUUUAACA